AUGUCCUACGAAAGCGACUACUUUUUCCGCCAAGUUUCCGUACGCUCGCAGCUCUCGCGGAUGCCUGGCCCCAGCGAUGAUUAUUUUGCACGGUAUGCGAUCCUGGCGAGCCUGGUAGAGACCCUUGUGGAUGCCUUCAAUUGGAAGAUGCAGCUGGGUAUCCGACGUGGUGAAGAGGCAGCCCUUGAUAGAUCUGUGAAUAGGGCAACGAAUUUUUCGAAGGAGGCUCCAAGUUGGACGAGGAAUAUUGGGGUGAUUGGGAAGCCCCCGAGCUUGAUAGACCGCGACAAAGAGCCUCAUGCAAAUCCGGAGGAGAACUUUUCGAAGAGGAAUAUUGAAGCCGGCGUAGGGUAUCUAUACACCGUGUGA